UCAAGCGGAGAUUGAAGCCAAAAAUAAGGUUUCCAUUUCAGAAGUUAUUAAAGGUGUUAUUGUGCAACAAAUUUUGCAGACUGUACUGGGUUUUAUAGUAGUAGCUGCUGAAGAAGAGCAAGCGUUACCUGAUGAUAACGCAGAGAUUCUGGCUCUUGGCCAAACUUUGGAAACUUUUACAACAAAAGUUGGUAUAUGGCAUCUCAUUAGACCACACAAACAGAUCAUGGCAGAAUAUUCUUAUUGGUAUUUAAUACCAGUUGCAAAAUUUUUCUUGGCAAU